AUGUUUGUACCUAAGUUGUUCACCUUUACACUCCUGUUUACUUGUGCAGGGUUUUCCUACGGGCGCCAGCAGCCACCUACAGCAAACGUUGCUUAUAGGUCAAUGAAGCCGUGGCCAACGACUAACAUACCUCUCGUUAUAAGUUCCUCCUUCAACACGGCUGCCAAAAAGGGUAUUUUUCAGGGUAUACGCAUGUUGCACGAGAGUACGUGUGUCAGGUUCGUGUCAGUAAAUAAACGUAACCAGAAUCACGUGAAGAUGCAGGUUGCAAACGUAUAUAACACCAUCCACGGGUACCACAACAAGCCUGGGUACGUGUCCAAGGUCAACCUACGUGUGCCAGGAUGCGCCGAAAAGCCGGCGCACGUGACGCACGAGUUGAUGCACGUGCUAGGCUUCUUCCACGAGCACCAGCGUAUGGACCGUGAUGAACACAUCGUGGUGAGGUACGAAAACAUGAAGAAAGGCACUAAUGUAAUCGAUUAUCAUGUGCAAUAUAACGAGACACUGGGGCUGCCUUACGACAUCGGCUCCAUUAUGCACUAUGGUCCUCGAGGGUCACGUAAAGACCAUCACUCCAAAACCAUAGAAGCCAGGCCUGGGGAGCCCUCCUCCUCACUCAUGGGCCAAAGGACUAACCUCAGUGUUAUUGACGUGGCCAGGGUCAAUCGUCUGUACCGGUGUACCGAACAUUACCUGGGUGACGACCUGCCCGGAGCCCAGCGCUACCAAGAGUGGGUCAACAGCCACUGA